CUGCUGACCUCAGAUAUGCAUCGGAGGGGGCUUAUAUGGGCUAUUUAUAGGGUUGAGGAGGUUUGUGUAGAGAGUUUGUUGCUCUUGCUUGGUGCACUUACUUGCACGUUGUGUUCACGUUGCACGUUUAAGUAUAUAUAUAGUCUUGUAUCCUGUGUUUGGUUCCAGUCCCCUCACUAAAUAUGGAAGAAGUUUCUCAUCCUUCACAAUCAGAUGUUGAGCAACCAAACCCCCCAGUUAAUCACAAUAGACCAUUUUUCUAUGUCCAACCACCAUCUCAACCUUACUUCAUGUAUCAGUGGCCUAUGGAUCUGUUUGGACAAUACGGCUUUCUGGGGCCAGCUUUCCCAUUUGGGCGUCCUUACAUGCCACCAUAUCAGUUUAUGCAAUAUCCUGGUUACGUCGUCCCACAUGCGCCCAUGCAGCCGACCGAUUACAGAAGGGUCUCCCCUGUCUUUCCUUCUGUUGCUUCCUACGAUCUUCGCUUCCGUCAGCACUUCCAGCAGAUGAGUAUGCAUCGUGAAACCACGUCGUCUGAAGCCCAGACAGAGCCUGGAGAACCGAUUAGUAAACUGAAGGACUGCGUGGAAGGUCUUCAGGCAUGUGAAAAGUCUGGUGCGGUCAAGGAACCCAACUUGAUGUUUUCCUCAACCCCUGCUGUAAUCUCCUUCACUCAUGAGGUGGACAAGAUGAGCUAUGGAGAUAAUGAGUUAAAUAUAGUGGCCACUUCUCAGAUCGAUAAGGCACACCAGGAUGAUUUGAUGAAACCGAUGACUCUCUGUGACUCUGCCGUGUACGAUGUCGAGUCGAGCAAGGGCCAACUAGAGGAGUGCGUGUUGUCUGAUGUGCUGCCUCUUGACAGUUCCUCCAUUCGUGAUGAAAGCCAGAGUCAGGACCAAGAUUACAAACGAGGUGAUUCAGAGAUGCUGUGCUUUCAGAGUGAGAAAUCUGGCACCAAUCUCCUCAGAAAUGGAAGCUGUUCAGCUGAGGUUCAAGACUCUGGAGCUCCCGUUUCUGACUGCAAUGGGACGUCUGAUCUGUUUGAGGGUAAGACCUCCAUCCAAAAUGAGAAGGUUGAGAAUUUGCCUCCUGACUUUGUAGAGGUUACUGAGCCUUUCUUGCAGAUGACCGCAGGAUGUGAUCUGCCAUAUCAAAUUCUCCGCCUUCCUUGCAAUAAGACUACCACUGGUUUGUUGCUUCAGAAAGAGGUUGACCCGUUGCUGUACGUGGAAACUGCUCCUGCUCUGAUGCCUUCUAAACACUACACUUUCGGCAGCCCGUACACCCAUAACUACUACCCUCAGGUGGUUCCUGCACGACAGAGUGUCCUCAGUCCGUCAUUAGAUGAGCUGUCCUCCAGGGAUGAGAUGUUCUCCACUGACGUCGAAGAUGAUCUAACGUCUGGGCAAGCCUUUGUAGAUGGUGGCAAACUGGCAGAAACCGGUGCUGCUCCCGUCUGCUCUGAGACGGAUCCCGCGGUUGAAGAAUACUCUGUCUGGGCUAAAACGUGUGCCUGCUGUGGAGCAAGCCUUCCAGAUGAUUACGUCAGCCCUGGAGAGGUGUUGGAUCAAAAUUGUGAGUUGGAGGAAGAUACUGAGGCACCAGGUACUGGUGAAGCUCAGAAAAUAUUGUUGAGGCAGCAUCUAUCCAGGCAUGGAUCAUCCCCUUGUGCUCAAGUUUCUAAACACAAAACCAGGAAGGUGCUGGAAGUUGCAGAGCCAAGUGGGCAGGACCAAGACCAUGGCAGAGUAGAGUGUGGUGAGCACCACCAUCCUGCUGCUAAGGGAGACAAGGGUAGAGGCAAAGGACAAAAGGGUACCCAGUUCAGACCUUACUCUGAACACUUUCAGAGAGAAUGUCCAGGAGAGAUAAUGGACCAGGAAAAUUGGACCAGCUGCAGUGGCAAGCAGAGAUCCAGAUCCUGCAGGCCAGCCAAUGGUCUUCAAGAAAAAGGCAGACCUGCAAGAAGAAGGCCUUCUUGCAAGACGUUUGCUCAGCAAAGGCCAAGGAGAAAUGAAUACGAUGACCACAAUGAGGCAGAGUUUUCCUACUGCCAAAGGGGCAGAGGAUCCACAAAAAGAAGAGGCACAAGAUACUAAGCCAAGAUGAGCACUGCUUUAAUACUUAAAUGUAUUACCUAAACACUUGCACUUUGGAAUGCACAAACGCAUGCGAUGAUAAAUGAGCACGGGUAUUGAUGUGAAGCAUAAUAAUAAUAACGGGGGAAGUGUUGAAAAGGAACGCCUUGCUGCAUUUCUAACGCUCACACCACUUCAUUUUGAGUGCAGUGCAUUCAUCUUAACCCUGCCUGAGGAUGACUUCUCUGGACCAUACCUUGACAUGCUAGGCUUAUUCCUGUGUACAUGUGUAGCUGGAUCUGGGAGGUGUAGAUCUUGGCCCUGUGCUCGUCAAGGUCUGAUUCAUCGAACCUAUCCUCAGAUUUGUUUUUUUUCUCCCCCCCUCCAAGGCUGGGCAUUAGAAAUGCAGCUGAAAUAAUAAAUUUGGCAGAUACCUCGGCGGUCUGGCCGAGCCUAGUCCAGACACGUCGUUUUAUUAUCGUCCAACCUGUUUUAAACCUGUAAUGCAGUGUAAUGUUGACGUACAGAUGUGUUUCUUUGCACAGUGGUGUCAUUAAAAUCUUUGCAUUGCACGUGAGUGUGUUGUGGUGGUUCUGGAAAUGGUUUGGAAAGUCAUUUAUGGUAUGUUGUAUGCUUUGCAAAUACUGAUUAAGGGUG